AAGACAGAACUGCUCCAGACGAACACCGUGCAAUCUGCAUCUUCAAGUGGCUAGCACCCGCACCCGUACGCAGGGAAGGGACGAUCGAGCCAUGGCGUCUAAGGCGGUGUGUCCGGCGCUCGCGUACAUCGUGGUCUACGUCGAGGACGUGCUGAAGUCGGCCGAGUUCUACGCCGCCGCUUUCGGUUACUGCGUCCGCCGCGUCGAAGACUCUCGCAAGUGGGCGGAGCUGGACACCGGGGCGACGACCAUCGCCUUCACGCCGCUGCACCAGAGGGAGACGGACGCGCUCACCGGCGAGGUGCAUCUGCCUAAGUCGCCCCGCGAGCGUGGGCCCGUGGAGAUCUGCUUCGAUUACGCCGACGUCGACGCGGCGUACCGGAGGGCCGUGGAGAACGGGGCGGUGCCGGUGAGCGCGCCGGAGCAGAAAAAGUGGGGCCAGAAGGUCGGAUACGUAAGGGAUGUUGACGGUAUCAUCGUACGCAUGGGAAGCCACGUCCGCGAGUAGUCGACUUACCUAGUAUAACGAGUACUGUACUUGUAUGUCGAUACCAAAUAAAUCGAGAUGUCACCAGUGUUUCCCAGUCA